AUGUUUUGUUCCAGUUCUUCCUCAGAAGCGUCCAGAUCUGGAUCAUCACUUACUCUUCAAUCUAAAUUGAAAAGAAUCUGGCAACGAAUACGAUAUUCAAAUUUUUUAUUGGCAAGUUUAAUAGAUAUUGAUGAUGGUAUUAAAGGCAUUAAUGGUCGUACGUUCAUUGCCGAUGAGAUUCAAGUAGAAACAGAAAAUAUUAUGAAGGAAUUGGGAGCACCAAUUAAACUUCAACUUUUACGGGUGACACAUAAAUUUUAUAUUCAUUUAUUCUCUGAAAAUGCCAAUAUAUGGUCAAGGUUGCGCUCAAAUGACGAUGAUGAAGAAGCUGUCAAUAUUACUAUUGAACCAGAAGAAGAAGAAGUACUGCUAAAUACUUCCACAUUAGAUUCAGAUAAAUCAGACACUUUUGAGCAAAGUACAUUGAAACCUAAAAAUUGGCCAGGUACUGUUUAUUCGACAGUUAGAGCAGCAUUGGAGAAUUUUUGUAUUGCGCCUCGCUAUAGUAAAGAAGUUUGUGCACUUUAUUCUCCAUUAUCAACAAUUGAUAGGACUCUCUCGAUUUCUGAUGGGGAAGUACUAUGUAUAAAAAAAUAUCGAUCAGCAGCACUUGGCUGUGUGACCUCAUUUUAUCAUUUUGGAGUGUAUGUUGGAAAGAUGACAACCAAGGAUGGUCGCAAUUUAUCAGACGCUGUAAUUGAACUUGUUAAAGACCACACAACUCAAGAUAUCAGCAUUAAUGCUGUUCCCCUAGUUGGAACAGAGAAGGGCGCGUGCUUUGUUUUAGAAAAAACAGAGAAUGGACGUCCAUCAUUACUAUUCAAGGCUAAAUAUCGCGGACGAACACAGGAACAGAAAAAUGAAACUGCAGUUAGAGCAUUAGGUAUCUAUGAAAAUUCACGUGAAUACCAAAAAAAAUAUAGUACCGUUAAAAAUAACUGUGAACAUUUCGUAAAUAUCUGUGCUUUCGGUACUGCUUAUUGUCAACAAAGCGUUCAAAUGAUAAUCACCACGACAUCCAAUAUUUCUAAAGGAUUUUCUGCAUUGCCACUACCUGUACGCUACGUUUUGAUGGCUGUGGCUGAAUUAAGUGAAAUUUCAUGCAAGUUAUCACAGAUCCUUUCGACAGGUUUUGGUGAAAGUGUCGCUUUGGCUAUGCUUAUAGCCGAAUGUAGCGUUACAAUUUUUUGGGACAUCUAUUUGCUGAAGCACACCAAUCGUCUUACACGAGCCAAUAUAGUACACGUAUUAAAACUUCGUUUUCUACCCAUGGCUCCAGAAUUACUUGUGGCAGUUGGUUUUUUAUUAUUUGGAAUUCUAUGUACAGUCAGUGGACCAGUUGGGAUAGCUAUCGGAAUAUCUGGUGUCAUUCUACUGCUUAUAAUGCGCUUCACUACAAGACCGCGCAUUCAACGUUGGUUGGAACAGCGUGAAGUUGCACGCCAGGAAGACUUCUUACAAUGGCAGCCACACGAAGUGGCAAGACUUGCAAGAGAAGUAUCAGAGGAAGAUGAACCACAUGAUGAUCUUAUAAUCAAUUUUGAAAGGAGAAAACUUUCUGGGCAAGCUAUAGCUGAUAUAAUCAAUCAAGGACGAAACAAUUCUGCUGAAAAUCAUCUAGAAAAUGCUCUGAACUUUCUCGAUUCAACCCGUUUGGACAAGUUCAAAAGAAACUUAAAAGUUAUUUUUGGUCACUUCGAUGUAUCGGAACAGCUUAAAAGUACUAUCGAACUGUCUUAUGGGGAACACUUGCUAAAUAUUGAUACUUACGAUAGUCCUACGAUGACAACGCGCCAAAUACUCGAUAUGGCUAGACUCAAUUGGAAUACUAACUUUGUGAAAGGCCAUUGGCAAUUAAGUAUGAUAAAUCCGGAAGAUGGUAAAAAAUCGGUGGUCGCUUCAUAUGCAAUGGAAAAAUCUAUAAUGCGAAAAAUCACCGCAAUACCAGAUUCAACGACGAAGAUAGAACUUUCAUAUGUGAGAUCUGAUGAAUGUCAAAUUUUGUAA